CAUCAGUGCCCACUGCUGCCCAACCGGUCAAUCAACGUUGGACUGUUCGAGCGGGUGAACAGUCCAGUCCUACAUCCUCUGAGGCUCAGGAACCUGCAGCGUCGGGAGCUCAGUCUCUGUCGAUGUCUCCUGUCCAGGGAGCGAAGUCGACUGUGCAGCCAGUGAAAUCACAAUUACCCGCAACUACAGCCUCACCUCGUCCAGCUCCAGCUCACACUGAACCCGUGUCUGCAGCGCCGGUGCCACCGACGUCUUCAACUCCAACGGUGCAACGACCCACCAUUUCUGCACAGCCUGCGAAGCCCGCACGCGGUCGAGGCGACUUAGAUGCGGCCCAACCGUCCUUGAACCCAGCAUCUGCCAAGGCCACGCCGGAUACCAAGGAUGCUCGCUCUGUGCCCCCGGUCGCUCUGGCACUGAAGACUGCUCCUGCGACGGUCCCCGUCAACAAACCGGUCGAGCAGCAUACCGACAAGCCUCUCAAGGUUUUGCCUAAGCCUCUGCGACCUGCUGCUUCGACAACUGCUCCCGCCGCGCCCACUGCAUCAAUGUCAUUCCACGACUUCCUCGCUGGGUUACCACCCACGUCUCACGUCACGUCUCCACUCAGGGCACCCGUAUCCAACUAUCCAGCCUCGGUUCGCGGAUGCUCAAAGCUGCGCCUGAAAAUGCAGCCGACGUACUGGGAGCCGCUCAAGCCAAUAGUAGAUAUACCUCAGCCGCCGUGCUACGUCCACCAAGUGCACACGUACAGCAACUUUGAUUCCGCGCAUUACGCGUGGGCGCUGGCCGAGCAGGCUGCACGGAAAGCAGAAGCUGCUCUUGCGACGGCUGAGCAUGCAUCAGCGGGCCUCGAAGCUGGGCCGACCCCACCCGCACAGGCGUACAACCCCGAGACGGAGGACUAUGAUUCGCCUCUGAUGCCUGGCUACCUCAGCCUGGACGCGCUGUCCGUAGGCCACAGCGAGAGCAGCGACGACACAGAUAACUCCUCGUUCUGUGGAUCUGAGGGCGAGUUUGAGCCCGGCGCGGAUGGCCACUGGUCUGAUGGACAUAUCGACGAGGCUAGCCUUGCUCGCUGGCGGCGCGUGAAGAUGGUUGCGCGUAUGGCUCAAGGUGCCGGACUUCUGGCUGGCAUUGCUGUGAAGGCCGUCUAUGUGGGUGCGCGCGGAGUCGCUGGGUGGUGGUCCCGAGCGCGCUGAAGCAUUAAGACAUACUUUGCUAUGGUGCACGUCGUCGU